AUGUUUGCUUUCCUACUUCUCAAAUCUUGUAUAUCAAAAGAUGUCAUCAUAGCAGAGAAAGGGAUGAAAGGUUUUAAGUGCAUGUAUCCAGCCAAAUCUGAUAAAAAUCCAGAUGUUUGGCGAUAUUACCACGGAUGUGAUGAGUUAUCUAAAGGCAUGCUAAAGAUCACAGGCUCUAAGAUGGACAUCAUCACAGACGCUAGUAACGAGACUCAAAACCUCAUUUUAGUAGGUCCAACAAAACUAUCACCCAAAAAUCAAUACACACCAACCGAGAAAGGCAUUGACUUUUUCGAAAUCCGAUUUCAUAAUGGUAACCUUGCUAUCACAGGAAAUUGGUAUGGUUUUCUGUACGGAUGCUUUGAAUUACUUGAAAAGUUUGGUGGUGUUCGAUUUUACACCAGUUGGAUGUAUGUAUAUCCACCAGCAGAUACAUUUAAAGUUCCCGAAGACGUUAAUAUAAUUUCGAAAUCUCCAUUUAUUUUUCGCGAAUUUUGGUCUACAGAUUUCACAUACACGAACUGGCUUGAGAAAUCACGCGGAAAUGUAUACAUGUCAGAAUAUUACGGUUGUGAGUCAUUUGGUCCUUUAAUGGUAUCAGAUAAAUAUCCAUUAGACAAAUAUCCAUCACGAUUUGCUCUACUUAGUAACGGUCAAAGAUCCGGUUGGGUUCCAUGUUUAUCCGAUGAUUUAACGUUUCAAAUUUUUAUGGAAAAAAUUUUAGCAGAUUUACGUAAAAGAGAAGUUUAUUUAAUUGAUGUCAGCCAAUCCGACACAAACGAUCAUUGUUUAUGUGAACGAUGCAUGGCGAAGUUCCAUCAAUACGGUGAUCGUUAUUCUGGCGUCAAUUUAUGGUUCAUUAAUAAAAUUGCUACAGCAUUAGAAAGCGAAUUUCCAAAUGUUUUGAUCAGAACAUUUGCAUGGGCAUUUACACUUGAUGCUCCAAAGAAUAUCAAAGCUCAUAAGAAUGUUAUCAUCAGAAUUACACCAAUUAUGAAUGAUUACGGACAUCCAUUUGAUGGAAACUUUACAGAAGUCAACAGACAUCUUAUUAAAGAAAUCGAAGCAUGGAAGAGUAUUGCAAAUCGUUUCUACGUAUGGGAAUAUUCAACAAACUUCCCUCAUAUUAUGAGUUUCCAUCCUAACUAUCAUACAAUUGCACCAAAUAUGAAAAUGUAUGCAAGAUACAGAUUCAAAGGUGUUGGUUCACAAGAUGCAAACCAUGUAUUUGUUAAUCCACAAGGUCAAUAUAUUCCACGUUUCCACAGUGAUAUGCAAGAAUACAAAGCAUAUUUAACAAUGAAAUUGUUGUGGGAUCCAGAACAAGAUGAAGAAUAUCUUGUUAAUGAUUUCAUAAAUGGAUUUUAUGGUCCUAGUGCUGCACCUUAUGUUAGACAGAUUCUUGAUGACACAAAGAAUCUUAUGUUUAAUGAUUACAAGAAUUAUGAAUUGCAAACACAUCAUGAUGCACGUAUUUGGUUCAUUCCACAAGAAUACAUUGAUCAUCUCAAGAAUCUUUGGGAUUUAGCAAUUAAAGCAAGUGAACUUGAUAGAAAGAAAGAUCCUAGAUAUAUUUAUAACACGAAGAUGAGUCAAUUAUCAACUCUUUACACACAAUUCAUGAUCUACAAAGAUCAAACAGUUAAACCAUAUAUCAAAGAUGGAAAAGUUUACAUUGGUGGCAAUGAAAAACUUACAUAUGCUGCUAAAACAAUGAUGGAAAGAUGUCCAGGACCAUUUGUUAUCAAUGAGACAUCUAAAGGUGCAUGUGCAUUCACAUUCAGUCCAGGUAAUGAUGCAUCAACACGCACACUCAUUAAACAGUAUUCAGAAGGUGUUUAUGUCGAUGUAAUAAAGAGUGGCGACAUCACAGCAGUUUCAGCAGGAAAAUCAGUUAUUGAUGGCAAAAUUAUUUCAUUGAAGAAAGGAAAUACAGAGUUCUUACAUAGCGAUGAAGGAAUUUACUUCUGUUAUGUAACAACAUCUGCUGGUAUUUAUCAACAAUAUUCACUUGACCAUCAGCUCAAAGGAAAGACAGAAUUAACAGUUACAUAUACUGCAGGAUCAACAGCGAAGAAUUACAUUUCAACGAAGAAAUACACGGCAACAAGUGAAGGAAUCAAUUUUGAUGUUCAAUACACUCGUACUGGUGAUUUCAAAGAGAUGCGUCCAAUUAUGAUGGUUACGUUAGAUCUCAAUGAUGGUACAUUUGUUGGUUAUAAGAUUGGAAACAAAGAAUGGAAGUCACAUCAAUUGAUGAACAACAUGGAAUUCGAUCAUUGUGGUGGAACAUUAGAUGGAAUUGGAGAAGUCACAGUUAUUGAUCCUGUAAGUCGUAAAGGUGUUGAAAUCAAAGUUCCAAACUAUUUUGAGUCUGUUGUUAUCCACAUGAACCGAACAUCACAAAAGGUCCGUCUUUCAUUUGUUGGCAACUAUAUUUCAGAAACUAAAUAUUUUGUUGUUGAUCACCACUUCGAGAUUCAUCCAUUUGAAAAAUACAUCAAUGCUCCAUCAUUCACUAAAUCAUUUGACAGCACAACACAUGAUCCAAAGAUCAGAUAUGGAUAUGCUAAAGGUGAUAAAUUUAUAAUCCCAGACUUUAUGUAUAAUUACGGAAAUAGUAAAGAUCAACUGAGAAGUGUUUCAGAUCCAUUGUCAUUUACAGGAGUGAGCAUGGAAGUUGGUCAUUCAGGAUGGCCAUUAAUGUACUUGAAUCCACAAAACAAAUAUCCAUAUUAUUUCUUUAAACAUGGAUCAUACAGUGCAAAUAUGACAGUUAGAUGUGUUGGACCGACAAAACAGAAUCCAGCAUAUGCUGUUUAUGGAUACAGUCAUCAUUACGAUUCUAAUUAUGAUUUCUGGUUCAUAAAUCCAAAUGAUUUCGGAGAUGGUUACAAAGUUCUAAAAAUGCCAAAGACACUUGUGAAUCACAGAGUUGAAUAUGGUGUUAUUAACAAACCAAACUGCUGUGAACAUAUGUAUCUCAGCGACUUUUCUUUCAUUGUUGAAGAACCUCCAACUCCAGAUCCAGUGAAAUCUUGGCCAGAACAAAGCCUCAACAAAGUGAAACUCACAAAUCAUUCUGAUUCAAGUAUGAACGGAAAUCAUUCAAAGAAAUGGAUUCCAGCAGUAAUUUCGGUUGUUGCAAUCAUUGUUAUUGCUGCAAUUGUAGUCGGUGUCAUUUUCAUUGUUAAGAAAAAGAAGUCUAACGGUUCAAAUGCAGGAGAAGAGAGAAACGAAAUUCACUUGAGUGUUGCAUAA